GUGUUAUCGAUAAAGAUCUUGAGUUGUGUUUGACAGGACGGAUUUAUACCGUAACACGGUCCAAUAUUGCAGCUGUUUAUGAGUUACGUGGACUGAAUCAUACAAAGAAGAUCCAUCAACCUUGAUAGCUUUCAUUCGAGACUAUUCGCUUGAUUUUGGAGGAUUCUGUAAACGCUGUGACUAUGACAUUAAAGAAAAUGUUCCAGAAAUUAUCAGACAUUGAGAUGCAUCAUAUGCAAUGCAUGCUGGCACAAAAUCUAGAACUUGCGUGCCUGACCGUGGUGGAUCACCCGGAUGCAGCUGGAUUGGUUCGACUGACCGCCACUGUCUCUUGUUCUCAUCAACACAUGGUAUCGGGUAUAAUGACGACCUUUAAGUGUACGGCUGGUCUCAUAACCGGUACAAUAUUUCCAAUCAUAUUGGAUGCGAUACAAUUACAGGAUGUAGAGCUAAUCAAUGUCGUGUAUGGUCAGAUUGCUCAACACAUAGAUGAAAUGUCACGUGAAUCAACAAACACAGAACAGAAAUUCCGCGAUCUUCAAAGUAUAAUUAAGAAAAACAUCGGUGAUGUCAAUGAAGUAUUAAAACAGAUGCAACUGCAUAAUACGGGUACAGCCACCGAAGCUGGUCUUGGAAAGUUUCAAGGCCUCCGUACAGCCGUGCAGUGCCUCGAUGAUUUAGAACGUCCGAUUACGAGAAUCAUUCAGUUCUGGAAGGACAUGUCUCAAACUUUCUCGCUUCUACAAGAUAAUAUGCCGGCGACGUUGGAACCGAAUAAAAUUAAAAUCGAGCAAAGACGACAAGACUUUAGGAAAGCUGUCAAAAAUGUCGAAUCGGACUGGAAGAACUUUGAAAAGAUCUGUAACGAUCACGUCCGUGACAAUGACACGGAGAUUCUAAAUCUGUAUGACUUUCUAUCGUCUUCUUUCAAUCAAACGUCCAUCGAUGAAAGAAUAGCCAGGGAGAGGGUGUUGCGGUCGGCUGUCAGUGCUAAUACGGAUGUCCACUCUGAGUCAGGAGGAUAUAAUUAGCACAAAGGCAUGUGAGAAAAUCCUGCAGGUCAUGAGCAGUCUCCUUUCAAAGCCUCGUGGAAGAUAAAGCAAUGUAUUCAACGUUUCAAACUACAAACGAUUAUUACGGGACGUAAAAUUCAACUGUGUCUCCCUUACUAAUUACAUGUAAACUGAAUUGCACAGCAACCAUAAACAAUGUUUCCAUUAAAUGUUUCAGUCUCUUUGUCAGUAUUUGACAUUUUAACAUAAACAUAUUUUGAAAGUAAACUUAU